GUGAAGCCUCUGCCUACAAAGUUUUGAUUCUAUUUCCUUCCAUAUUGUGCUGAGUCUUGCUGUGAUUCUUAUUCAAACAAAUGUAUACAAAUAAUACAUAACAAUAUCAACACCAGUGAUAUCACAUCCAGUUGUCACUUCUUUUUUUCUUUUUUCUUCCCAAAAUCAAUGGUGUUCUGAAUGAAUUGUUUUAUGGUCUUUUUUUUUUUUUUUUUUCUUUUUCUUUUUCUAUGAUGGGAUAAGUAUGUUCGUAAGAAUAGUUAUCUGUAUUUCUUCUGCCAAUCAAGUUGCCCCAUAAACUCAAGGGGCCAGAGUGAUUGGUGUAUCUUUAAAUAAAAAUUCCGUCUUUGAAAAAAAAAAACGAAGGAAAGAAAGAAAGAAAACAGGGGGCUGGUUUUGAAUAUAAAUAGGUGCAAGUUGCCCUGCACCAUGUGUUUUCAGUUUCUUCCCUUUUUUAUACACCCAGGGAUUAACAACAAAGAACAGAAGUAAGAUGUGGUUAAGGAAUCAAAACUAAGAGGGAUUGACUUGUCUUCGCAGAGAGAGAGAGAGAGAGAGAUGAAGAAGAAGUGUGAGCUUUGUGAUUCUGUAGCAAAGAUGUAUUGUGAAUCAGAUCAGGCUAGCCUGUGUUGGGAGUGUGACAUCAAGGUUCAUGCUGCAAACUUCCUGGUGGCUAAGCAUUCAAGGACUCUGCUUUGCCAUGUCUGUCAAUCUCCAACCCCCUGGACUGGCUCUGGACUGAACCUCGGCCCUACAGUUUCGGUUUGUGAGAAAUGCGUUCAUACUUCUAACCAGGAACCCAGAAAUGAAGAAAAUGAUGAACAAGAAGAAGAUGAUGAUCAUGACCAUGAUCAUGAUGAUAGAGAUGAUGGAGAAAAUAACCCUGAAGAAGAAGAUGAUGGUGAUGAUGAUGAUGGGGAUCGGGAUGAUGAUGAUGAAGAAGAAAAUCAAGUUGUUCCAUGGUCUCCUCCACCAGUCUCAUCAAGUUCUUUAAGUAGUAGUGAAGAAUGUUUCAGUGAAAGCCUCUCCAAAUCAACAACAGCAUUUUCAUGUAAGCGCAUGCGCUCCUGCAAUUCACACUCGAAUUUUCAGCAGAACGAGGAGGGCCUCAAUUGGGACACAAGGACCCGAAGAGAACCCAGAUGACCAGAUCAAGCAAUGUUGAAGUGAAACCGAUUUCAAGAAAAAAAAAAAUUCAAGGCAAGAACAAGUUUAAGACCAUCAUUGGUUUCUACAAAUCUAGCUGUUAAUGAAGGCUUUAAAGAUUAAGAGUCACAGAGUUUCAGGUGAAUUUUCUCAUCUUUAAGGCCAUUGUGAGUUUUGUGACUUCAAAUUUCAAUUGGAUCCUCACAAUUCUCACCAUUACUCUUGUAAUGUAAGCAAAUUGUGCUGUAUAAACCCAAUAUUAUUCUCUGUUUUUUCUGUACUUUAUGUUUGCACAAAGUUUCUGCAAGUAGCAAACUCCAUUUUCCUUCACCUAGC